AAAUAGCUCAAACACUGGAACAGAAGUUGGUUCAGACUCUGCUACAGCAAAUAGCUCAAGCGUUGGAACAGAAGUUGGUUCAGACUCUGCUACAGCAAAUAGCUCAAGCGCUGGAACUGAAGUUGGUUCAGACUCUGGUACAACAGGUGGCUCAAAUUCUGGUACAGCAGAUGGCUCGGACUCUGGUACAGUAGGUGAUUUGGACACUGGAACAGUAGGUGGCGUGGAUGCUGAAACAGUAAAUUCCACAGUAGCGGAUAGAGUAGAUGGUUCUGAGACCACUAACCACAUUGUCGUUACAAAUAGCCAAAACACAAUUGAUAACAGAAGUAUGUCUGCUGCCGAGCCACAAAAGGCAUCAGUAGAGGACGAAGCAAAAAAGCAACAAACGAUCACAGCUGCAACAGCAACGCCUGCUCUGUUCCUCAUUGCAGGGAUUGGUAUUGUAGCUACUGUGAUGCUAAAGAUGGGAAAAUGUGUCAAGCCGUUUGGUGCCGGUAAGAAAAAAAAGAACGAUGUUAAUGAGGACUCUGACUGCGAUGAUGAUGAAGACGAUGACUUCGAAAAAGAUCUUAGCCAUAUUGAUUCAGAUCAGUUCAGUCGUCCUGUAACAGCCUCCACCACUGUAUCGAGUGUAUAUGACGGUAAUGCAUCCUUAGAAGAUAUUAGAGCAGACACGCCAUCUAGCGUCAUCAUAGACAUUUGUUCCAGGCCAUCUAGUGCUAGUAGUGGCUACCUCAGUCGACCCGUCACACCUAUGACUGACAUCUGUGUAUAGAACUUUAAGUUGAAGACGAUGCGACUAUAACUGUAAAUAUUGAUCCGGUAGCUUUUUAUACUUAAAACUUUUAUACUUUAGUAUACUCGAAAUAAGUGUUGUUGGUUGAAAAAUGGACUACACUCAUCGAUGAAUCAAGAGCAGGACAUCUUAUACAUUUAUAAGGGAUUGAAUUCCCUAUUAGACAUUGUAUAGUUGUUGAGUGAUUCAAUGCACGUGAUGUAUAAUUGUACAAAUAUAAUGUUCAAACAAAACAACAUAAAUCAAGACAGCCCAUUUUGACGUUUUAUGGACGAACCAGCAUCGUAUUUGAGAACGUUCUAACCCGACCACAGCCCGUUUUACGAUUUUUAAGAGGUUUUGGAACGGUUUGAGAACUAGUUCAGUGUGAGUUGGGUGUUGAUAAUGACGUUAUGUACGCAAAUACUGUCCCGGUUAUCUUGAUCCAUAUACUUGUCCUUGGUAAUUGUUUCAUUUAAAGUAAAUUAUAUAAUAUACCAGGUCGUUGAAUAAGUUCGCGGAAAACUGCUCUCCUUUCAAAUAAUUUUGAUAUUUUCUCACGAAAUUCCUACACAAUGUGUAAAAAAUAAUUUCUAAUUGAUUCAUAAAUAUCAACAUCUCUUAUUUGAUUGGUCGAAAAUAAUGGUCACUAUGGUAACUUGGUAGGCGGGGCACUUUUUAGGUCACACAAUUUACCAUUACAGACUGGAGACCCGCUCGAUUACGCUGGUUACC